CUGUCAUUUACUCUCUUCACCUCCUCCUACGACAUUUUCUCUCUCUAAAGUCUAAAGCAUUACACUUUUUAUUUCUUCUUUGUUCAAUCUCUCCUCUUUUCCUUUUUCUUCACAUUCUCGAGCUCCGGGUUUGUCUUGAAACCGUGAAGGAAUCUGUAUCUUUCUUUGAUACCCAUAAUUGUCGUUAGGAGGUUACACGAACAGAGAUAUUCCAGGGAGAGUGUAUUUUACUCGAUCAGGGUUUAAGCGGAGGUUGGUCUGUCAUUUCUAUCCAGUUGAUUUCUUCAGAUUCACUCUACAAUGAAGUGAGAACAACAAAACAAAACAUUGAAACACAGUGAGAAAGAGAGAGACGGAGAGAAAGAGACCUUAGGAACUUUUGUAAGAUGGAGACUGUGAAACCAUUGGAUGUUGCUUCAGGAAAAGGAAAACUCAGACGCGCAUUUGUGAAAGUAAUCAACGUUAAAAAGCUAACCGGAGUUGCUCCAGAAGGUGACAAGGUCGAGAGAGUAAAGAAGAGCCAAGAAAAGGUGAAGUUAGACAAAGAUUUAGUGAAGAAUGCAGCAAAUCUUUCAGAGUCCUUUGACAAGCUCGAGGAAGAGUAUGAGAAAAGACUUGCCAUGGAAGCACUUCUUGCAAAGCUGUUUGCUACGGUUUCUUCAAUAAAAUCGGGUUAUGCGCAGUUGCAGUAUGCUCAGUCUCCGUAUGAUCCAGCUGGGAUUCAGAAAUCAGACAACUUGGUUGUGUCAGAGCUGAAGACAUUGUCUGAGCUGAAACAGAGUUUCUUGAAGAAACAGUUUGAUCCAAAUCCUGAUAGAACUCUUGUUCUUGCGGAAAUUCAAGAGCUGAGAAGCCUGUUGAAGACUUAUGAGAUCAUGGGGAAGAAGCUCGAGUGUCAGGUGAAGCUUAAAGACUCUGAGAUCAUAUUUCUUAAAGAGAAGUUUGAAGAAUCCAUGAACCAGAACAAGCUGAUGGAGAAGAGACUUAACCAAAGCGGCCAGCUUUGCAAUCCUCUGGAUCAUAAUCUUCACCUAUCGGCGCUAAAUCCAACCCAUUUCGUUACUUAUCUGCACCACACUGUCAAAUCAAUCCGAGGAUUCGUAAGAUUGAUGGUUGAACAGAUGAAAAUGGCAGGUUGGGACAUCUAUACGGCUGCUGAUUCGAUACAGCCUGAAGCAUUUUAUUACAAGCAAGACCACAAGUGUUUCGCUUUCGAGCAUUUCGUUUGCAAGAUCAUGUUUGAAGCGUUUCAUCUACCUCACUUCUCUAACGAAUCAUCAGCUCACAAGAAGAGCAAAGAGAUGUUCUUCGAGAGGUUCACGGAGCUCAGAUCAGUGAAAACAAAGGAGUAUAUAGCGUCACGGCCUAAAUCAAGAUUCUCGAGGUUUUGCAGAUCCAAGUAUUUGCAGCUCGUUCAUCCAAAGAUGGAGCAAGGGCUCUUCGGGCAUUUGCAUCUUAGAAACCAAGUCUCUGCAGGUGAGUUCCCGGAGACGAGUUUCUGCUCUGCGUUUCUCGAGAUGGCGAAACGGGUUUGGCUCUUGCAUUGCCUUGCUUUCUCCUUCGACCCUGAAGCUUCGAUCUUUCAAGUAUCUAAAGGUUGCAGAUUUGCCGAAGUGUACAUGAAGAGCGUGGCGGAGGAAGCGUUUCUCUCUCCGCCGGAGGAGGGAGAAAGUUCGCCGGAAUCUGAGCCACGUGUUGCGUUUACUGUGGUUCCUGGGUUUAGAAUUGGGAAAGCUUCGAUACAAUGCGAGGUUUACCUCUCGCGUUCAUGUCAACGCCGUUAGAUCCGUCACCGGACGGUGGAGAUUCCCCGGCGAUUGCGUCAGGGGUAUUAGGGUAAUUUAGGUGGUGGCGCGCCCAUAUUUUUGGGGUAGGCAAAUAAAAUGGCGAGAUAAUUUGCUGGCCGUUGGAUUGAGGGAAGAGGCACGGCGUUAACUGUUGAGAUUAUGGGUUUUUCUAUUUAUGUUCUUUUUAUUUUGUCAAUAUUAGAGCAGAGAGACAGAAGAAUCUCUGAGCUGUUUGCCAUCAAAAUUAUUAGCUAUCGUCACUACCUUCUAAUGUAAAUAAUU